AUGCACAGAAACUGGAUCGCUCGUAUUGCUAGUGGUAAUGCCCUGCGCGAGACCGAGGCGGACGGCGCGGCCUGGGCACUGCUGCAUGCCCAGGCGGCGCCGCUGCGCGCCGAACUGGCUGAGCGACUACAGUUGCUGACCCAGGCUGCCUUUGUGGGCGAGGCACGGCGGAGGUUGGAGAGGGUCCGGCGCCGCCGGCUGCGGCUUCGCGAGAGGGCCCGGGAACGCGAGGCCGAGCGGGAGGCGGAGGCCGCGCGAGCUGCGGAGCGCGAGCAGGAGAUUGACCGCUGGAGGGUCAAAUGCGUGCAGGAGGUGGAGGAGAAGAAGCGGGAGCAGGAACUUAAAGCUGCUGCCGAUGGCGUCUUAUCUGAAGUAAGGAAAAAACAAGCAGACACCAAAAGAAUGGUAGACAUUCUUCGGGCCUUGGAGAAACUGAGGAAACUCAGGAAAGAGGCUGCAGCAAGGAAAGGGGUCUGUCCUCCAGCCUCAGCAGAUGAGACUUUUGAGCAUCAUCUUCAGCGACUGAGAAAACUCAUUAAAAAACGCUCUGAGCUAUAUGAAGCUGAAGAGAGAGCCCUCAGAGUUAUGCUGGAAGGAGAACAAGAGGAAGAGAGGAAAAGAGAACGAGAAAAGAAACAGAGGAAAGAAAAAGAGAAACUUUUACUGCAGAAGCGGGAAAUUGAGUCCAAGUUAUUUGGGGAUCCAGAUGAGUUCCCACUCGCUCACCUCUUGCAGCCUUUCCGACAGUAUUACCUCCAAGCUGAGCACUCCCUGCCGGCGCUCAUCCAAAUAAGGCAUGAUUGGGAUCAGUACCUGGUACCAUCUGAUCAUCCUAAAGGCAACUCCGUUCCCCAAGGAUGGGUCCUUCCCCCGCUCCCCAGCAACGACAUCUGGGCAACUGCCAUUAAGCUGCAUUAGUAAAGACGCUCCAGGAUUGUGGACCAGGCAACACUCUUUCCAGCUCUAAAUGUUAGUAAUGCUGCCAUCUCUUGUGCUGUGGACUAAACAACACCUUGUAAACUCCACAUGGCAUGGCCCUUCCCAGAAGUUCCAUUUUCCUUCCAUGCUGUGUCCUGGCCAGAGGUGCUUCUUGAAUCAGGAGAUUAAUAUGGUUCUUUAGGAAAGGACCUAGGUGAACUGGGACUAUUACCACAUGCCUUGGUUCACUGAAUUUGCCUCUGUUUUGAGGGGCUUGGUCUAGAGUGACUAGUUAAUUUACUCAACUUCCUUGUGGGAUGAUGGGUAAGUAUAUGCCAUACACUCAACACAGGUGUGCACCGGGUAGGUUAGCAGUCCUUCCCCUAGUACUGAGUGUGAAGGAAAGCUUGAUGCAAAACCACCUUACCUUCCCACCCAUAUAGCCCUCUAAAUGCCAGGAAGAAAGGCCAAAAUUGCUUUAUCUUUAGUUUUGUGAAGCCCAUUUUUGGUGCAGCUUGAGAGGCUGUAGGCUGGGCUGGCAGUAACGCCGGUGGCUUAGUCAGGUAGUCAUGUGGAGAACUUGGAACACCUGAAGAGUACCUGUACCCAAACUGGAUCCUGUUUUAAUGGAUGAUGGCUACAUUUUCCCCAUGUUAGAAGGAUCCUAAUGAAAGGAACUACUUUUUAAGUUCUAGAGGUCUAGUUGUUCAGAACCCCCAAGGAUAGAAAUUUAUUUCCCUAUGGGAGUAGGACCUUAACCUCAUGCACCCAGUAGGGGCCGGUAUAGCUGUGGAAUUUUCUUAGGAACUUCAGCACCAAAAAUAUCCAUGUAGUUAAAGCUGGGAAUAAAGCAGAUAAAAGUAAUAAAAUUUAUUUUUUUAUAUUCAUUAAUAAAUGCUUUUGUGCCUGGACAUGAUCAACGAUAUGACAUGUCAGGUUUGUUUUGUUUUAUUCUGUUUUGUUUUGCCUUUUGUCAUUUCUUGUUAUUUAUAUUUACAAAAAGC